CCACGGCCGCCAUGGCCGCCCGGCUGCUGCUGAGGGCGGUGAGCGCCGUGCGGCCCGGCCCGGCCCGCGGCUACGCCAAGAAACCGGGUGUGAAGGUGAAGGGGAAGAGCACUCCAAAGGAGCAGCUGAAGGGGCCGGAGGUGUGCACAGACCCCGUCAAGUUGGCCAACUACGCCGUGGGGGUCAAUUACCUGAAGGACAGCCCUGAGGUGGCCCUGAAGCCCGACUCUGAGUACCCUGAGUGGCUGUUCCAGAUCCACCUGGGUCCCCCCAAGAAGCUGGAGGAGAUGGACCCCGAAUCCCUUGAGUACUGGAGGCGCCUGCGGAAGUACAACUCGUGGCAGCGCAACAAGCUGAAGAAGAGCAGGAAGCUGUGAGGGGCUGUGAUGAGGCAUCAGGUGUUGGUGUUGGUGUUGGUGUUGGCGUGGCCGACUCUGGGGCAGCUCCCACUGCCAGUCCCAUCUUCUCACUACAGACUGACAAUAAAUCUCAGCUGAGGCCUCUCACAGAAA